GUCCCCUCAGAUUGCACCAUCCAUCUACCUGGAGAGCCAUGGGGCACUCUUCCUCGAAGAGCGCUGAAAGCGUGUGCCCCACAGACAUCAGACAUGCCAGCUCCGAGACUGAGGAAUCUCGAGCCGACAAGUCCGACAAGUUGCAUGUGGGUCACAAGUCCCAGAUGAAACGCAUCUGCCGGAUCUUGCAGUCAAAACUUCAGGAGCUCUCAAGGUCUGGAGGAUCGAGAGCAGAACUCCAAGAAUGUGAAGAUUUUGCCCGGCAGAUGGAGGCACUGCUUGACUUACAGACCUCACGUGGACGUGGGGUUUCCAAGGAGCAUGCUUUGCCCCAAGAAGUGAAGGAAUGGCUGGUGAAUCAGUGGACAGAGGGAAGUUUCCGCUUAGGCGAGGAACUCAGCCCCAUUCGAGGCACGGCUACCCUCAGAGCUACCCAAUCAGUUCCCUUCAACGACGAACUCAAAGAUCUCUUAAACCUGGUGGGCACUCCGGAUGUUGAUGUUGUGGCUGUACAAAAGCAACCAGAGGUUGCCGGAAACGUCAUCACUGUUCUUUUUGUGUAUACUUUGAGCUAUGGUGGUGUUUUCGACCAACUCCCUGUUGAGUGUCUGUCAGACUCCAGCACGGGGGAGAUCUUCCAGGACCGUUUGGUGAAAUUUGUCUCAGCCAUUGAGGGAGCCUACCAGGACAUGCCCUACCACAACAACAUGCAUGCAGCAGAUGUCGCUAUGAUGAUGCACUCAUUCUGCCUUACUUCCAACAUGUCGUGGAUCUCGCCACUUGAUCACUUGCUGAGCCUGAUUACGGCAGUGAUUCACGAUGUCGGCCAUGAUGGCGUGAACAACAUGUUCCAUGUGAAGGCCCAGUCGCCUGUUGCCUUGCGCUACAAUGACAGGAGUGUGCUUGAGAACAUGCAUUGCGCCUUGGCCUUUGAACUCAUGAAGGAGAAUGAGGAGACAAAUUGGCUGUCGUUGAUGAACACCAGUUUUGCCAUGGAUCCCAAGGAGAAACCAACUGACCUGCGCCAGUACUUGCGUAGAGCCGCAAUUGAGAUGGUCUUGGCGACCGACCCCACCAAACACAACGCUCUGAUGGACGAUUUGAAAGCACUGAUUCAGGCAAAAUCCAUCCAAGCAGAGGGUGGGUUGAGUGAUGCCAAGCAGAAGCAAGAUGCCUUCAAUGUCCUUUUGCAUGCAGCAGAUGUGUCCAAUGCCACUCGAAAGCUGCCCAUUGCGUUGUAUUGGUCAAGGCAAGUCCUCCUUGAAUUUUGGGCGCAGGGUGACCAUGAAAGGUCCCUGGGCUUGGAGGUGUCACCUUUGUGUGACCGUGCCAGUGGAAUGGCAUCAGUGCCCCAAGGGCAGAUCGGUUUCAUCGGUUUCAUCGUGCGACCUUUGUAUCAACAACUCGGCCUUCUUUUGCCAGAAAUACUUCAAGCAGUUGAGCAGUUGAAGAAGACCGAGGCCUAUUGGCAGCAAAAGAAGGAGGACAAUGCAAACUUUUUGGAGUCCUUUGCCAUUUUGGAUCAGUGAGAUAUCAAUGAGAUAUCAGUGAAAGAUCCCUGUAACAGUUUGUGACCACUCUUUUGUUGCUGGUGGCCGCGGCUGCGUUACUUUUCGUCUCACCGCCCUACAGUAAUUUGAUCGCAUUCAUGUCUGUGCCAAAAAUAGAGUACUUAGUUCUUGAUCUUCAGAAAGCGCCAAAAAUAAUCCAAAAAUGAUCAAAAA